AUGUCACACAAGGAUCCGACGAAGGUUAUCGCCGUCUUAUGCAAGAUUACUUUGCUGAGAAUGCGGUGUGCAAUUCACACAUAUUUCGCCGGAGGUUUCGAAUACGACCACCACUGUAUAUGCGUAUUGUCAGAGCUGUUGAGGAAUACGAUCGCUAUUUUCAACAAAGACGAGAUGCAACAGGAAAGUGGGGGCCCUCGGCACUUCAGAAAUGUACUGCUGCGAUUCGCCAACUCGCCGACGGCUAUGUAUAUUAUGACCCGGAUUAACGUUCAUCCUAUAUAUAUUGUGACCCGGAUGCACGUGCAUCUCAAGGCCCUUUAA